UAUUGACCCAUAGGAACACGUGGUCACGUUCGUGAGUCUCUCGUCUCUUCUCACGUCCUGAGAAUCUCGCAAAUCAUUCCGAGUUCACCGAUUUUAGUGGAAUAAAAUUGUGGAAAAUGGAAAAAACUUCCGAACAAUUGUGAUACAUCGUCUCGUUUAUUUCUAGACGCGAAAAAUAGUCGCGAAGUGAACGACUGCGGUGCGGAGGCAUCCAUUCGGUGGCGCAGUUGUAUCUCAACAGUCAAAGCCCCUAGUCCAUUUGUACACCACCUCAACACCCGUAAAAUGGCGAUAGGCCAGUUGUUAUUUACGCUGAAUGCUCCAUUUCCCAUGAAAUACCAUCGUUGAACCCCAUCGGAUAAUUACAUCGUCCAUAAUCAAGUGAUUAAUCAACAACCGGAGGUCAUUUAUCAUAAGUGAUUACAGGUGAUUCUUUCAUGGCCCCCAAGUGCAUGAACUGGAGAGUCCCCAAAAUCGAGAAAAAAAUAUCAUCAACAAAAUCAUAAUAUUACUACACGAAGGAAUUGAUGAUAACGAAGAUGAACUAAUGAUAUUUUCGUGAAUGUGCAGCAACAUAAACAGUAAAUCCUCUUACAAUUGUGUUGAACAGUUUAUUAUAAUAUGGCACAGUAUUACAAUCUCAUCGCUGAUACCGGUGUACCUAUUGUAACUGAUGAUGGACAACAGUACUGCACUGUAGAUGGAAAUGUACAAUUUGUUGUGCAGAAUCUCAAUAAUUGUGUCUAUGGGAGUACGAGAAUUGUGACUUAUACACCAGCUGUACAGAAUAGUGAACAUAUUUUUACACCGGCCGGUGAGCAGUUGCAGGGACAAUCUGACCAGAGACAAAGUGUUUACAUAAUAAACACAGAGGAUCGCAUAUCCCUGCCCCCUCCCUUGAAACCCACAACCACUCCCGAGACAUCAAAUUUCCUAAUAACUGACACUAAAAACCCCAAUGAUCCUCAAGUCCAGUGGGUGACGUUUUCCGAUCCCUCGAAAAUGUCUCCAAAGCCUACACCACCCCCAAAACCCCCCCAAACUCCUCAAUCCACCCCCAGACGCACGCCAAAACCCAAACAGAUUCUCCCUCAGCCUCUCGUACCACGUUCCAAAAUCCUCCCCCCAAAGCCUUCCCCCCGUUCACCAAUUCAUCCCGAUCCCCAAAAACUCGUGAAAACCCUGACCCCCGUCCUCGCACAAUCAAAAACUUCCUCUCAGGUCAUCAAAACACCACCUCCCCUGGUAAAAACUGCAUCUCCUCUCGUGAGACCCACUGGUUCCCUCCCAAAGUCCUCAGGCCUCCUCGUUAAACCCUCAGCCCCUCUGACCAAGGUAUCACUCCCAACUCCCAAAAAUCCACCCCUCCAACCCCUCAAUAGAGGGGCCCAAACCCUGGGCAGUUAUGCUGACAUGGGUUUUCUCUCUGAGAGAAUAAAACAUGCGAGAAAUUCUCAUGGUAAAACAGCCCAAAAUACACCUGUCCAGGUGAAGCCAAUCCUUACCCCUCAAAAAUCUCCAACUCCUCCUAGACCACCUCAGAAGCAGAUAGAGCCACCCCCUGAAAGCAUGGAGAUCGACACAUCGACUCGUGAUCCACAAAAUUCAUCGGAUGGUGAUGCUGGAUCGGAAUCGAUAGCUUAUCUUCAACAGACGAUUACAAAUCCAAAUCAGGCGAUUGUUCAGGAGCAGAUCAAGGGUAAUACUGUGAAGAUGUUGGUUGUACUGCCAACCGGGGAGCAACGAUUAAUCACUUUUGAUAUACCCAAUGAGGAGUGUACGGUACAGGAUUUGUUGGAGCAGGCAAACAUUCCACAGAACGGUGAGACCACGGUAUCCCUUGUAAAAGACCCCAUUCUCCACAUAAACUACAUCGUCGAGAGUGGUGAAGGUGGGGUAAUAUCGAUGGUAGUAGAUUCGCCAGAUUGUCCCGACGAGGGAAUGAGUGAAACCAUCUCCCCCGAAGGUACCAUCAAUCCUGACGAAUCCAAUGCCUCUGAAGAUCGUAAAUUCGUUGAAAAUCAGUUGGCAGUUUGUCCCCACUGUGGAUGUUGCUCCAUGGACUUCAUUAAAUGCGCAAGAUGCAAGACCAAAUUACCAGACAAUCCCAAGACAGUGCCACUGAUAGAAAAUCAGAAGAAGGAAGCGCUCAUACCAGUUGACAAUUUUUAUUCACGAAAAAAAGCUGAUACAUUCAACAAAGACGUGAAGAAACCAAAGGGCAGAUUAACGAGACCCGUGAAUUCUAGGACAAAAACUCUAAUCAAGGAACCCGAAUGUCUGACACUUUCUUCAGAUGAUGAGGAUGAAAAUCCAGCUAAGAAGUGUAAGAAAGGUGAUUCAAUGAAAUUGUCACAGGUUAUUAAUCGAACUCAUUCAGAUGAACUUGCAACAAUAUCUGAUAAGGAACCCAUUAUAACCAGCAUGUCCAAAUCUUCAGAUCCAUCGCUAGACGAUAGCACAAUAUCGGACAAUAUGACAAGUGUCAUCAGCACUUCAUUGUCGUGCCGAACUGUACGAAUAGGCUCAUACAAAUAUGUACCUCAUGAUAACAUAAUCAUCAAUUCAUCGGGGCUCAUUCUCUCAGUGCCCCUUCUUGAAGACGACAAAAAGACUGUCGCAAUUCACGUUAUGAUGUCAUCAAUAGUGAAAGUGCUUAUUCAUUUUGGCAAAGCAAUGCCAGUACUGUUUUUCUACACAUCUGUGAAAUCUGGUGAACAAAUUCGUGGAGUUUUGGGUAUGCAGGAUCCCAUUGGACCGUACUACGAUCCAGCUGGUAAGGAUCACACCCACAAGCGGAUCACUCUGCUUCCUGAAAAAAUCUCCGAGGAGUCUAAGAAUAUCUUGAAACAGCUGUUCAGCCAGAACAAUCUCUGCGAAGAGCUUAACUCGAAGGAAGCAAAUGAUAUAUUAGUGAAAGCCUCUCCGAAGGAUAAUGUACAUAAUCCGAGAAGAGCAUCAACGACAUCAGGAACAAAUGGAGUUGUCGAGAAGAUCACUGUGUAUCCACCACCUCCAGCUAAAGGUGGUAUAGCCCUCAAUACUGAGGAUUACGCCUGUCUGGGAGAGGAUCAAUUCCUGAAUGAUGCCAUCAUCGAUUUCUACCUGAAGUAUCUUACUUUGGAGAGAUUGUCCGAGGAGGACGCCAGUAGGACUCACGUUUUCAGUUCAUACUUUUACAAACGAUUAACAUCUCCAACACAAUCAGGCGAUAGUGUCAAUGUAUCACCGGCAGUCAAGCGACAUACUAGGGUGCAGAAGUGGACGAAGAAUGUGAAUAUCUUCGAGAAGGAUUUUGUCGUGAUACCCAUCAAUGAACAUGCCCAUUGGUUCCUGGCAAUUAUCUGUUUUCCAGGGCUUGUGGGGGUUGUCAGUCCUCCGAGAGAGCCGGUGAAGGGUGAGAAGGUUAAGAAGAAAGUGGUUGAAAGCUCUGGAAAGGGUGAGAAGAGUAAACUACAGACUAUGACCAUUGGCACCACCACCAUAACUCCGGCAACAACUGUCACGAAAGAGGCUACGACCAUCACUCUGGAUCCAGCUGAUGAUCUCAGCGAACGGGAUGAGGCUGAAGGUGAUGAGGAGGAACUCAUGGAGACCAGUGACGAGGAGGGUAGGGACGAAGAGGAUGAGGACAAGAGGGAGGAGAGGCUUAAGGUGAAGGUCGCUGUUAAGGAGGAGGUGAAAGAGGAGAUUAAGGAGGAGAUAGAAGAGUACGAGGACAUUCAGAAAAUUCCCUGUAUUCUGAUCUUUGAUUCUCUGGCGGGACCUGGUAGGGCUCGAGUUGUCGCCACACUCAGGGAUUAUCUCAGCUGCGAAUAUCAGGCGAAAAUGGGAAAGGAGAAGAUCUUCUCCAGGGAUACUAUCAAGGGCGCUUGUCCCAAGGUACCUCAGCAAUCAAACUUUACGGAUUGUGGACUGUAUGUUCUACAGUAUGUCGAGUCCUUCUUUGAAUCACCUAUCAAAAAUUAUCAGCUGCCUAUAAAGACAUUAAAGAAUUGGUUCGAGGAGAUUAUCGUCACCAGAAAGAGGGAGGAAAUCUCCAAGCUCGUGGUCAAGCUUAUGCUCGCAGGAAAGGGCGAUAAAAGUAUUGUACUGCCUGUUGUACAGUUUCCCACUGUUGAGGGGAAACUCAGGCCCAGGACUGAGGCUGAGAAGAAGGAGGAGAGGAAGGUUAAGGAGGAGGAGAAAGAUGAGGACAAGAAGACCACCACAACUACUUAUGUGCUGGUGCCUGCUGGUGGAGUUGUCAAUUCUGAUGGAAAUGUCGAGUUGACGAUCAGUGCUGUUGACAAGAGCAAAUUGUCAGGUGGUCCUCAAAUGUCAUUUCUACGAACGAAGAGGAUUCCCAGGCUGUUGCGAGAGUCGCCGACCCAAAUGAGUGAAAUAUCGGCUAAAAAGCACAAGGGAGACAAUGAUUCCUGUAAAUAAUUAAUUGAUGAAUCGAUAAUAAAAAGAAUAAACAUUUGUUUUCAUUACCAUUUUUUUUUAUAUAAAUGAAUCACAAUUUAGUCAACACAUUCUUACAUUUAAUGAAAGAUACAAUUGCGAGUAAGUGAAGACAAUGUGUCGGUGGAAAUAAGUUUUACCUAUGUAAUAAAGUAUGUAGUUAGCUACUUGAUAAGGUGAAUAAAAUCAUUAAGAUUCGAUCUUCUCAAUAAAA